CGGCGGCGGAGGCGGUCGGAUAAUGUGUAUACUGUGCGCCGUGCAACGGUGGUCGCGGCGCGUCGCCACCAUGCUGCCGUGGCUCGUCCUCCCGCUCAUCCUCCUCUGGGCGCUCUCCCAGCUCCUGCCCGCCGCCUACCGCUUCGAGGUCACCUCGCCGCGCCUCGCCUGCGUCUCCGUCCUCCUCCUCACCCUCUUCUGGUACGAGAUUCUCCUCCCUCGCCUCUCGCUCUGGCGCGCACGCCGCUCCGCACGCCUCCGCGAGGAGCGCCGCACCCACGCUCUUGAGCUCCAGAAGCUCCGCAAGACCGCCACACGCCGCUGCCGCAACUGCAACAACCCAUACAGGGACCAGAACCCUGGUGGCGGCAAGUUCAUGUGCUCCUACUGCGGCCAUGUAUCCAAGCGACCUGUUCUUGACCUCGGCGCCGCAGGGAAGGUCCCCACUGGGUGGCCUUGCAGUCAGGAUUGGGCCAAUGCUGUCGGAGACCCGGGUUACUGGCUUGACCUGCGCUGCUCCGCCGAUAACUCGUACUCGGGGUUCUCAUGGCGGCUGUUCUCGUGCUUUUACGUGAGUAUCGCGUGGUUCUGGAAGAAAUUGUUCAGGUUUGGGUCAUUACGGGACAGUGGUGGCUUGGGCCGGGAUGGCAGAAUGUUGACAAAAGGAGGAGAGAAUGGAGGGAAGGCUGAGGAGAGCAAAGUGGACAAGGCAAAAAGGAAGGCUGAGGAGAAGAGGUUGGCGAGGCUAGAGAGGGAAAUGCUCGAGGAGGAGGAAAAGAAGCAGCGGGAAGAGAUGGCAAAACUAGUCGAGGAGCGAAGAAGGUUGAGGGAUGAGAAAGCAGAGGCUGAGGAACGAUCCAAAGGCGCUACCCCUGUCGGGGAGAAGGAUGCUAGGAAGGAAACAGAACGGAAACGGCAGGAGAGAAGGAGGAAGGAAGAUAAGGGAUCAAGCAAGAGCAAUUCAGAUUGCGAUGAUAUUGAGAGAAGAGUAAGCAGAGAGGGAGAGUGGAAGCGGGACUUUGACAGAAGGAAUGAGCCGGAUAAACGGGAUGCAAUUAGAGUUGGGGCAGAGGGAUAUAAGUCUCAUAACUUUGAUGCUAACAGCCAGGGUAGUAAGAUAGUACAGAGCAGGACCAAGUACUUUGGACGUAUGACUGGUGGUUUGUUAUCUUCUUCCAGAGGUUUCAGCGGUGGUUCCAUUUUUGGUAAAAGUGCUCAGGCCCCUGCUCCGCAAGCUAACAAGGUGGCUAAACAAGUUGUUACCGCAACUGACCAGAGUAAUACAGUUAAAAGAGAUGCUCAACCUGCAGCUGCACCAGCAAUGGCCAAAUCUUCUACUACUGGAGAAACUAGAAAUAUGUGGACCAAUUCUCAUCAACCUGUUAGUCCAAAUAUGCAGCCUCAUCCUACCAGCCUUAAAAAGUCAUGGCAUCAGCUGUUUAGUCGCUCAACGUCUGUUUCCCCUUGUCCCGAUAUUACCGCUUCAGCUCGUGAAAAGAUUCGGCAGCCAGAACCAAAUGGAGCUCAGAUAAGCAGUGCCCACAAUUUUCUGGCUCAGUAUCCUCCUCUGGACAGCAAGCCAAGGUUAAGCCAAUCCAUUCAAUUUACAGGAUUUCCACCAGUAAAUGUAGCACCUGCCAACAUGCCACUAUCUCAUUUUCCAGCUGGACAUGCACCCUUCUAUGCUGAGGCUGAACCAACAGUAAUGGAAGAAUCAGAGCGAUUUGAGGACCCAUGCUAUGAUCCAGAUGCAAUUGCGUUGCUUGGUCCAGUUUCAGAGUCCCUAGACAACUUCCCUCCAGACUGGGAUAACAGGUUUAUGUUGGGUGCUGUCACCAGGGAACCACAUGUUAAGCCGUCACCAAUUGAGUCUCCCCUGUCAAAAUCAAGGGUUGUUGAAGAAAAGCCUAUUAAAUCCUCUCAUUUUUCUAUUUCCGAAGGUCCAAAUGGUUCCAUGACACCUGAGGCUACCAAUCAGCAAGGCACAUGGCAAAUGUGGAGCACGCCAUUGGUUCAAGACAGUUUAGGUCUGCGAGGUCCUCAGACACAGUGGCUUCUACCAAAUAAGAAUCAGUUUAACCAUGGUGUCAGUAACUUGAAUGGCGGACCAGGGAGCGCCCUUGGUGCUGGUGUGCAUAACAAUGAUUUAUGGCUGCAGAAAUCACCCUUCCAGCAGUUGCCUCGUGAUACAGAGAGUCUGUUCCUUAAACAUGAUUUUACAGAAAAUGCUGUUCACCGUGACUUGAGUUUCGAAUCUCCAAACAAAGUAGCCCGUGCACACCCCUUUGGGCCACCUGGUCCAGGUCAUCAUUGGUCCAAGGAGGAACUGGUGCUGAAUGGACCUCAGGAAGCUAGUCAAAUCCACUCACCCACUGGAGCUCAUGCCGGUUUAUUUCCAACUAAUCCCGAUGUACAAUCAGUUUGGUCAUUCGAUAAAAAAAGAGACAGUAUGGGACCUAUAAAAUGAUGCCUGAGCCGAGGCUCCCUUGCCCUCCCACCUUCUAGCGUAAGGAGCUGAGGAGAUAUGUUGGACUGUAUUCCCUUGGGCGACAACGAAGCAUAGCCAUUUAUUUAGUAAUGCUCACAUGUUAAUGCUGCGCUCACCUGAUGUUCUUGUUUAGCGCCAGAAGAUUUUUUGUGUGGAUUUAAUGCAAAAUGCGGUGCAAACUAA